AUGCAGCGAACGGACCAAGAGACCGGUCGCUGCCGCGGCUUCAUGAUUCUACGAUCCAAAGAGGCCCUGAAGCAGUCCUGCCUGAACCUCGUGUGGAAGGCUGAUGACGGAUCUGCGCCAGACAGCUGGACCAUGGUUGGUGUGAUGAAGUCCUUCUCCCGCGCUCUGCUUUCUGAGCGACUACCAGAGACCGGCACAGCGGCCGAGAUCUUGAAACGCGCAUUGCGAUUCAUCAGCUCGCCGGCCAUGCCAUUAGAGGUUGCAUGCAACGUUUUCGACGCUGACAGAGAAGCGCUCAGCGAAGAAAAGCGCAAGGCGUGCUGGGAGGCCCACAAGGCCUUGUCUGAAAUCGUGGAGAAACUGGACGAAGUACUGGGUACCCAAUGCCUGAACACAUGCAUGUCUACACAGUGCACGGAGGAUUCCUGCGAGACCUUGGCGGGGGCUGUUUUUACUGCUGCCAAUGUGCUAGCAAUUGAUCUCAACAUGUGGCGGAAAGCGGAUGGGCGCGAGUUUGACCUCACCGGGCCAGGCGCACAAGGAACACUUCGACUUUCUGCUCGUUAUGUGGAGUUGAAGUUGGACGAAUUCAAUUUGCGCCGCCAAUUGCGGGCACUCGACGGCACGCUUCCACACUCUGCAGCUUUCGUUGUUUUGGUCGGAAUCGAUUGCUGCACAUUUCCAGACGAGCGCGUGGAGGAGGACUCGAAGAAGCGCGGCUCGUUCAUGUGCAAGGUCACCUGUGAGGAACAGGAGCAGGUGUUUCGAAACCGAGCAGCUCGCAAACAGGGUCGCUAUGGAGCUACUGCCUGGUGGCGUUUGGAAAGCUCCGAGCUGUCAAGUCCGGAAACAUCAUCCUCAUCAGCUCUCGCCGAAGCAGAGGAAGAUGAGGAGACCUGUCACACGGCGCACUUUCAAUCGACCUUCACCCACAUGCUUGUUGGAGAUCCACGCAGCACGGUGUGCCACAUAAAGCUGGAGAAGCGCGGUGGAUUACCUGGGGUGGGAAAUGUUGUGGGUGAAGUGGAGUUUCCCGUUUAUCGCCUGAUUCAUGCGGCAUCCAACACCACGAAGGCAGUGCUUCGGAUUGGUUCGGCGCAGCUCUCCCUGCUGGCCCAGCUCCGAGCCACAGAGAACGUGGCCAGUGACACCUCUGGAAGUUACAGAUUGGCCUCAGAAACUGGAAAGGGUAAACUUUUGCAGUCGACCACAACUUGA